UGAAAUACUCUCGCUUCCCUGCCUCUCACAGCCUCUUGGAUCCCCACGGGGUAAUGGGCAUCUUGUUCCCUCGACCGGCACCGUGAUCCCUGGUUCUCCUAGUGCCUGACCAGGCCAGGCUCACCAGUGCCCUUGACAACCCUUCCCAUCAGGUUGGCUGCCAGCCUCCAGCCCUCGGCCAGCCACAGCUAUGAGCACCUGGAGGAAGGACCACCUUGGAGCCAGCAGCUCAGAGCCCCUCCCUGUCGUCAUCAUCGGCAACGGUCCCUCAGGCAUCUGCCUGUCCUAUCUGCUCUCGGGCUACACCCCCUACAUGAAGCCAGAUGCCAUCCACCCGCACCCACUGCUGCAGAGGAAGCUCACCGAGGCGCCAGGGGUCUCCAUCAUGGACCAGGACCUGGAUUACCUGUCUGAAGGCCUUGAAGGCCGGAGCCAAAGCCCUGUGGCACUGCUCUUUGAUGCCCUCUUGCGCCCAGACACAGACUUGGGGGGAAACAUGGAGUCUGUCCUCACCUGGAAGCACCAGAAGGAGCGAGCCAUCCCCCACCUGGUCCUGGGACGGAAACUGCCUGGGGGCGCCUGGCAUUCCAUUGAAGGCUCCAUGGUGACCCUGAGCCAAGGCCAGUGGAUGGGGCUCCCGGACCUGCAGGUCAAGGACUGGAUGUGCCGGAAGCGAAGAGGUCUUCGCAACAGCCGGGCCACGGCCGGGGACAUUGCUCACUACUAUAGGGACUAUGUGAUCAAGAAGGGUCUGGGGCACAAUUUCAUGUCUGGUGCUGUGGUCACAGCCGUGGAGUGGGGUACACCUGAGCUCAGCAGCCCCGGGGCCCAGGACCCCAGCCCCGUCUUCCAGGUGAGUGGCUUCCUGACAGCCACGGACCGCAGCCAGCAGCCAUUCUCCCUGUGUGCCCGCAACGUGGUCCUGGCCACCGGCACAUCCGACAGCCCAGCCCAGCUGGGCAUCCGUGGGGAGGGCCUACCCUUCGUCCACCAUGAUCUGUCGGCCUUGGAGGCAGCCACGCGGGCAGGCACAGUGACCCCGUCAUCGGAUCCCGUCGUCAUCAUUGGUGCGGGGCUGUCGGCGGCUGACGCCGUCCUCUAUGCUCGCCACUACAACAUCCCAGUGAUCCAUGCCUUCCGCCGACCCGUGGACGACCCCGGCCUGGUGUUCAACCAGCUGCCCAAGAUGCUGUACCCUGAGUACCACAAGGUGCACCAGAUGAUGCGGGAGCAGUCCAUCCUGUUGCCCAGCCCCUACGAAGGCUACCGCAGCCUCCCCGAGCACCAGCUUCUGCUCUUCAAGGAGGACCGCCAGGCUGUGUUCCAGGACCCCCAGGGCCACCAGAAGGUCUUCGAGGUUUCCCUGGUGCUGGUCCUUAUUGGCUCCCACCCUGAUCUGUCCUUCCUCCCGGGGGCAGGCGCUGACCUGGCCAUGGACCCAGACCAGCCUCUGAGCGCCAAGAGGAACCCCAUUGACGUGGACCCCUUUACCUACCAGAGCAUCCACCAGGAGGGCUUGUACGCUUUGGGGCCGCUGGCCGGGGACAACUUUGUGCGGUUCGUGCAGGGCGGGGCUCUGGCUGUGGCCAGCUCCCUGCUGAGGAAGGAGGCCAGGAAGCCGCCCUAGCACCUGGCCUGGCAUCCUCACAUCCAUACCCUAAAGAGAAGGGGAGAUCACCACAGCCCUGCUGGAUGCAGAGAGUGUCCCAAGAUGCCCCAGUGAUGGAAGGGGGCCUCUCCUGCCAGGAGACAGGAGAAAACACGUGCCCUUAUAAUGGGCCUCUCAGAUGAAGAGUGGGAAACCCAGCUGCCCAGACUCAGACCAGGGUAGGAACAGUGACUGCAGACCGGGAUAGGCCCAGACCUGUAAUUGGGGGGUGAAAGCUGCCAGUGUGAGCUGGGAUCACCAGGGCCAGCUGAGUGCCGAGCCAGGAGGACUUCAGUCCUCACUCUAUCCAGAAUCAGAUCCCAAAUAAAACCAGAGCCUGCCUCCA